AAACUCAACUGAAAUUCGCGCUUAGAAAAGCUCAGACUAACUCGAUAUAGAAUUGUAUAAUCGCUAUAAUUAUAUAAUUUUCGAAUUAAAUUUUAAUUAGUGCGGCACUGUGGUCAUUUAAUUCCGAUUUGGCCCUUUCGGUGGCGGUAAAAUUAGCGCCACGGAGAUGCGUUUGUUAUUGUUUAACCGUUUCCACCACGACACCGGGUGACAUCCUGUUCUGCCGAGAAGAGUCAAGAACUUCUGCCACUUUUUCUUUACAGGACACAGCUGUAUUACAAACAACAGGGACUAUCCACUCAGCCAUCACCACUAGGAACUACUGGGGAUGUUGUGUCCACGUGAAUGUCCGCACUUUUGUCCUCAGCAUUAGGACAUGGACGUGGACAGGUUCCAUGAUGGAACAGAAGAGGAUGCAGGGGAUAAAGAUGAAUUGAUGAUUCUGUACUCUGAUCUUAAUGACAGCAGACAUGUCUUAGACACUCAGCCUCUCAGGUUGGACCACUGUGACCUUCUCCUCGAUGCCAUGGAUGCUGAGCUCAGUCAACUGCAGAUCCCAACACAGAAUCAUCUGGAACAUUCUAAAAAGCCAGAGUCAUACAAAGCUGCUCCUCUUCAGUGGAGUCAGUCUCUGUGCAAAGACACGGGCCUCAGAAGCACCAGUCUUUCAGACACUCCAAUGUCUUGUCUAGAAUUGAUACAAACUCCAGCAGCGGUGCCCACGUCAGAUAGGGGGGGAAAAAAUGCAAUGUCUUGUGAGGUUAAAAAGAAAUCAGAUGGAAAUACAAGAAACUUAAAUGACAUAGAGACUCAUCGAGAAGAAGUCCUUUGGAGGCUGGAGCGGCUUCUUGGAGACACCUGUAUUGAUGAUGUUAUUGCAAAACCACAACCUCUUUCAGACAGUAUCUGCACAGAGGACUUUGUCAGGCACUUUCGAGACGAGAUGGUAGAAGUGGCUUUGCCAGAGAGUAAUAUCCCACAGCUGGAUGGUAACAAAGUGAUGAAGAGAGCAGAGAACUCAGACAGUGACACUUGUCUGAAUAAACAGAAAGGACAAGGUGUUCGUCAGGUCAGAAGAAUGGGCUCAUCUUUGAAAAGCACCAGAGAAGCAGUGGUAACCCAGACAAAUGAGACAAGCCGAAGAAUGAAUCUAAGAAAAUGUCUGUCACACAGUGUGGGAGUAAAUAAAUCAUAUGUCAACGAGGAAGAAGCACAAAGAAUCAAUGAGGACGGCAGAAUGAAACAAAAUGAAAAAAUGGACCAUGACAAGAGCUGUUCUCACAAGACCAGGUUCUUGACAGGUGUACCUGUAAUGAGUUUUGACUCCGUGUCCAUUGCUAGUGACCUUGACUCUGUCUCUACAGACCAAGUCAGACAAAACAUUCAGAGUUGUCCAGGAUGGCGCUUUUUCAUCCAGUCUGUCACAGGUUUGGAGGAAAACCUGAGUGACUUUGAAACCGUGACAGAAGAAAAAAGUGAAGCUCAGUCUUCAUCAGUUCACAGCUCCUCUUUUACAGAUAAAAGAAGUCCUUCUGUUUGUAAAGUGCUGCAAAAAAAGAGCGAAACUUUCAGAACUUUGAUAAAUAAUGACAAGGGCACAGAUGAGGAAAUAAACCACUGCAGUGGACAACACAGGUCAGAAAGAAUCCAGUGUGGGAAAAUGAAAGAGCAACUGAAGAAUCUCAGACAAAAGUGUGAGAAAGAGGAGGAGCUGCUCCUUCUGAAGAGGUCUCAGUUAAAAGACAUUGAUCUCUGCAUCUCUGAACUUCGACAAAGACGAAAGCAUGCUUUGCAGGAACUAGAGCGACUGACUGCAGAGACAGCACAGCUAGAGACAGAGAAGCAGAGUGUGGAAUCAGUUCUCAGUGACAUGAGGAUGGAGCAGCACUCUGUCAGUUGCCAGGUAGGAGAGUUGCAAAGACAAAGACAGUCCUGUCUGAAUGAAACCAGAGACCUGGAAAUAAAACUUGCAUCUCUGAGUCAGCGUAAAGAGACUCUGAAGGCUCAUAGUGACAAAAAAAAGAACAGUAUGUGGAUGUUGGAGAGGGAGGAAAUGGAACAACUGUUGGAUUCGACAAAAACUGCACUGUUUGCUGAACAACGACCAGCAAGAAAGAAGCUGGAGUCCCUGCAUGAGAAUUUGGAACAGACUUGUGAAGAACUGGUAAGAGCCACAGAGGCAGAGAGAUCAAUGAGGUGCCACUACGCCCGCCUGCAGGAGAAACAUAUUAGGAAAAAGGAGUAUGUGGAGGUGCUUGAGGUUCAGGUCAGAGAUCUUCAGGUGGAACUGAGAGAAGGUAACGUCAGGGUGGGAACUCUGGAGAAGAUGUUGGCCCAGAAAGAGCUGCAGUUGUUCAACAUACAGGAAGAACGUCAGGCCUUACAGAUAGAACGUAGCGGCCUGAAGGGGGAACUACAGCUCCUAAGAAAACAACAGAACAGUGCACUGAAGGAGACUGAAGCACAUAACUAUAAAACAAUGCUACAAGAGGAAGAAUCAAACAAACUAAAAAUAUCUCUGGAGCAGCAGAAGAAAAAUGCAAAAAAAUGUGAAGAGGAGCUUCGUACAGAAGCAUCUGCAAAGGAGCACAAAGCAUUAGAGGAAGAGAGGAGGAAAUGGGAGAGAGAAAAAAAAGCUGUUCAGUUGCACUGUAAGAUUCUGGAGGAGCAGAAUGGGAAGAGCCUGGAGAGCAUGAAGAAUCAGAUGCAGCAGGAAAAAACCAAAGCACAAGCUCUUCAACGUAAAGUUUUGGAACUGAAAACUAAAAUACAGGAACUGGAGCAGGAUGGCUGCACCCAGCAGAGGGAGCAGGAGUCUUUGCUGAGUGUUAUUUGCAAAUCACUAAAAGAGGAGCACCAGGCCGAGCUGCAGAAGCUGAGGAAAGAGAUAGGACAGGAGACUCACAGGACGGUUGUUCAGCUUGAACAAGCUGCUCAUCUGGCAGAAGAUGAAGCCAACAUGCUUCGGGUGAUGCUAAAAGACAAAGAGAGCACUUGUAACCAAAUCAGAGCAGACUGGGAUCAACAGCACAGGCACUGGGCACAGAAACUGGGAGCAGAGUGCCAGCAUCUGCAUCUCUUAUUGGAACAGAGCAGAGCCAAACAGAGCUCUGUGCAGCUGCCUGUCAGUUCUUCGGUAGCUGAGGGAUUGACAAGACUGAGAGCAGUGAGAGAAGAAGUGGAGCAGUUAAUUAGUCAUUUACAGCAGGAGCUAGAUUUACAGAAACAAGCUACUGAGCAGCUGAGAAAUGACAAGGAUCAAGAGAUGAGCAUCCAGAGGCAACAGCUCAGGAAGGAUAAGAAUCAAGCACUGGAGUUUCUCAAAGAGCGUCUCAUUCAGGAACACAUUGAUGAGUUGAGCAGUAUGAAACGGGCACACUUGAAUGAUAGAGGAGAAGAAGGAGGUGAAGGAAUGGCAGCAUCUCUCCGUAAACAGCUGGAAGCCAAGGACCUGGAGCUGAAACAGGUUCAGAGGUGCAUGGGUCAGUGGAAGGAACAAACUGCAGCUCAUCUGGCCUGCACGUUUGAAGAGGAGUUGACUGCUGAACUUGAAAGGUGCAAGACAAAGUUGUUAAGGGGAAGCAAAACACAGAGUGGGAAGGAGAGAAGACGUGAGAAUCCUGAAGACUUGAGGGGAGAGAUGACGCCUUGUGCAAAGACGUCAGCUGCUUCUUCUUCUCCUUCUGUAGUGCUCUCUGCUGCCUUCCACCGCCCUUCAGAUGUUGCCUCAUUUAAGCUUUUGCGUUACCUCCAGACCAAAGUGAAACAGCUGCGUCUGGAAAAUCAGGCCUAUACUUGGAGCUCAUCUCCUCCACUCUCACUGUCCUAGAUCUCUCAAGGCCAAGACAGAGCUGGACUUCAGAGCAUAUCAGAAUCUAGGAGUCACAAGUUAAAAUAUCAGACAUUAUACUGUAGGUGUGUAUUCAGGGGAUUUGACUCCCAUCAGUUUCAAACUACUUUGUUCAGAGGCAUCACAGAUGAAUCAUUUAUUGUGAAAUGCGUUUCAGAUUAACAACCAGGUCACAGUGACAAAUGGUAAAUCCUAUGAUUUGCUCAUCAAGUUCACAUGCAUUCAAGAGUUAUAGCUUUCAGGUCACAGUGAACUUUGAAUGAGUGACAAACUGUCAUUACCCUCAAGACUCAAGAUCAUGUGAGUUACUCUUACCCAAUCACCUUGUAAAGCUGCAGAUUCUUUUUGACGCCUUUAAAUAUAAUCAACAAGAUUACAGUGUGUUUAAUUGUAAAACAAAUGUCAUCAGGUUUCUGUAAAGGGAGAAAAACUGUAUAUUUGGUCAGGUUUGCAUGGAACUGCAAUUUUUAAUGGAACCACAAUAAAUGUUUUCAUGCCUUAAAUACUUCUUACAAGUGUAAUGCAAUACAAGAGUCUUUACUAGGCACAGUUAUGUGUUAUAUCAGUUAUUGUUCCUGUAUUGUGGCUGUCAAACAUUCACAAUUUGUUUUCUCUUGGUUUGAGUCAGCAAACUGUUUUUAAAUACUGUAUAAACUGCUUUGUGAUCAAACGAUGUGGGGACAAGGCAUUCCACGGGGAACAAUCCUGGGAUGUUUGGUAUUUAAAACCACAAGAAAUGUAUAAUUUAAGAAAAAAGGACAUUUUAACAUGGCAAAUAAAGAGUUUAUUUAUAAACAAA